AUGGGUCUCUCAGAACGUUACCCUGCAUAUGGAGGCCGCGGGCCCGACGAUUUGCGUUUGGGACUUGGUCUCGGCGCUGUCGCCACCAUUUUUAUGGCCAUGCGUGUCUAUGUGCGACUUCGAGUCAAUAAGUUCGGUACUACGGCUUUGAUCUGGUCUCUCGUGGCUUGGUUCCUUACAACAAUCACACAAACCUUUGGUGUCAUCUCCAUUCUUCAUGGACUCGGAAAUAGAAUCGCAAUCGUUGAGGAAACGGGCCAAUUGGGCAACUACCUUCUUUUCACAUGGAUCACCGUCUUCUUUUUCAACAUGGCCAUCCCCAUUGGAAAAGUGGCUGUGGCGGCAUUUUUGAUUGAGAUGAAUUCACAAGGCAAUCGCAGAAUCCGCCAAAGUCUGGUCUUCGUCGCCGUCCUCAACAUCGUCAUCAACAUCCCCCAGGUCCUCCUCGCCUGGUUCCAAUGCAGUCCACCAAAAGCCCUCUGGGACCCCGACCGCCAGGAUCUAUGUGACCACAGAACAAGUGUGCACUACACUUACUUUGUCGGUGCAGUAGCCGCAGUCUCCGAUAUCUACCUUGCCGUCAUCCCCGCCACAAUGCUGGCCCCACUCCGCAUCGACCGCAAACUCAAAUGGGGUUUGAGUUUCCUCAUGGGCUGCGGUGUCUUCGCCGGAGCCGCCGCCAUCGUCCGAACUUGGGCCGCCAAAUUCAUCAUGAGCGAUGACCCUUCAUACGGUGUCGGCACUCUUUUCCGCUGGGGUGAAGUCGAGGAAUGGGUCGUCCUCAUCUCCAUGUCCAUUCCGCCCGUGUGGCCUCUCUUCCGACCCUUCACGAGCCGCUUCAUCAACUCGACCGGACACUCGCGUACCCCGCGCCAGAACUACAUGUAUAACCAGUACGACUCCAAGCGAGCGGAGCUCAACUCGCACGCUGAACCGCCCAUCAUUACAACUACCAUUUCGAUCUCGUCUACCAAGGGCGUUACGGCUGCUGCUGAGCCCGUGGCUGCGUCGUCGUCCAGUGGCUCGAUUUCUAGGUUUGAGGAGGAUGAGCCCGAGACGCCGCAUACUGUUCUCAGUCGGAAUGGUGAUCCAGAGGGCUGGGUGGAGAUGUCCCAUUAUAAGAAUCGUCAUGCUCAGUGA